AUGAAAUAUAGUUGUUGUAAGUCGACAAGUGGGGGAGCCACUGAUCGUAUCACAUGUAUACAAUGCAAAUGUCACUAUCAUAUACAAUGUUUGUUUCCUUCCAAUGAAGAUAACGAAAUAUCCAAUGAAUUAAAAAAAAAAUGGACUUGUCCAACAUGCUCUUGCACCCGGCGUGGUCUUAAUACAGACAAUACACCAGUUCGGUCCUCUCCCUUGGGUUCAAGAUCUGUUAAAAAUACAAAUAUUAACAUGCAAAGAGGAGGGUCUGCAAUUAAUCAAUCUCCAGAAACGAUGGAUAUUGGAAGGGAAUUUAAUUUUACUAUAGAUGAUAUCAAACAUAUUAUUUCCUCAGAAAUAGCGAAAUGGAAAUCAGACUUGGAGUUAACCAUUAAUAACCUUGUAUCUUCCUUUCUGCAGCCUAUUAAGGAAGAUAUAGUUAACCUAAAGGAUAGUAUAUCUUUUAUCAACACUAAGUACGAAGAAAUAAAUCAGAAAAUUGCUCACUUUGAAAAUGAGAUAAAAGUAUUGUCUGCUCAAUCAAGUAGUUUAAACGAUUUGAGAAUUAAUUUAGAUAGUAUGGAAGCGGAGAAUAACAAACGAGAACAAUGGGUACGUAGAUCUAACGUAGAGAUUUAUGGAAUACCUGAAAAGAAAAACGAAAAUCUAAUGGAGCUCCUACAAUCAAUAUCUAGUCAUAUAGGUUAUCAGGUGAAUCCUGCAACGGAUAUUGACUUUAUCACAAGAGUAGCGCCAACUUCUAGAGAAAAUCGUCGGUCAAAACCUAUCAUAAUAAGAUUUUUAUCCCGCUGGAAAAAGGAUGACUUUUUGUCUAUAGCUCGAAAAAAUAAGUUGAAAUGUAGCGAUCUUGGCUUUUCUGGAAAUAAUUCAAAUAUAUAUUUUAACGAUCAUCUGACUAAGAGUAAUAAAAACUUAUUACAAGAAGCCAAAAAGUUAGCCAAAGAAAAGAGUUUUCUGUAUGUUUGGGUUAAGAAUUGUACAAUCAUGGUCCGACGUUCUGACACUAGCCCCGUAUUGCAUAUUAUAAAUCAAAGUGAUUUAAAAAAAAUAGCU